AUGAGGAUCUUCUUUUGCCCUCGGUUCUUUAGAAGCCGUGCUUCUUCGGCCUCGUCUGACAGUCCGCAGAGCUCUCGCUAUCAGCUAGACCGGUUGGAUGUGACUCCAGAUCACUAUCCGGAAGGCAUCUCAUCGUCCAGGGAACAUGCCCAUUACCAGGACCGUCAGAGUGACUCCUCCGAGGGAUUCUCUGAUAGACUGCGCAGACGGUUUUCUCGAGAAACACAUGGCUCACACAUGCGGUCUCGAAAGAGCGACAAAAAGACCGGGCAUUCUAUCUUCCCAUUCACGACCAUGACCUUCAAUAAUAAUCCCAACCAAAUCGCUUCUGCAGACAUAGGCAGCAGUUUGAUAAGUGAAAGAGGUUACGACAGCGACGCGCAGUAUAUCACCACCCCCAAGCAGACCGGCCAUUUCAAGGAGGAGCCACACCCCAGACCCGGUGUCUGGAGGAACAUGUCGCCGCUGGACCAGCCCUAUCACGACGCUGACCAAGCAGCUCAGUUCGGAAGGUCUCCUGCGCUGAUGGAUGAGAGUGGUCGAAUGGGAAAUUACAAUUACGGAGGUUACCGAGAGGUGGAAAGACCACAGGCAUCGUGGCACUCAAGGAAUCAACCACGUUGGGGUCCACCACAGAAUUACUCUGGCCCUCGCAAUGUCUAUGAACAUCCUCGAGGGAGAAUGGGAAGCCCUUGCCCAAGCAUAGCCAGCAGCGUAUCCCUGGACACAACAGCAGAUGGGAAGUCCGCUACCCAGGGCAUCUAUUAUCCUCGACAGCGACAAGGCUUAAAAAACGCAUCGAUGCCCGGCAAUUACCCCAGAGAUGAACGUCAAUAUUUGCCGGCUAAGAAUGGAGGACAGAGUCUAAAUUUGCCCAACUGCACACCCACCUUUUCACAGCCGUAUACAACGUCCGCUGAGUCUGUAACAUAUCCUCCGUCCCAAAUCUCGGUCAUGAAAAGGAGACAGCGGCAUCAAAGGGAGCAGGAUCCGGAUGGACAGUCCAUUCACUUAGUCGACAUGAAUAUACCCCGGGCAUUGGCGUCGCACUCCAUGUCGCCUCACGUUUUGUCUCAAAACCAGUCACUGGAUGAGAAUGGGUGGAGCAAUAAAAGCGAGGUACAAGGUACCACCCAGCCCGGUCAUGAAUAUUCCAACAUGGAAGCGCCAAAGACUCCAAUCCAAAACGGUGGGAAGAUGAGCAAGGAGGCUUCGUCGUCCUAUUCCCGCAAGACGAGCAUUUCCUCGGAGUUUCCAGGAUAUCGUUGGGAACCUAAACCAUUUAACAAAUCCUCCGCCGGUCCAGACACGGGACCUACCGGAACUGGUUUCGACGUAGCACCAAAUAGUAGACAGUCACAUCGGCCGCGGGAAAUGCACACAGGCCAGUCGAACGAGCUCAGCCCACCAGAUCAUCGCGGCACCUACACCACCGACACCCAGAAGAGCAAAUUCAUAGGCCAAACUAGUUCGGAUCGAUCAGUCUCAUCCCCAGUUCCCAGUGCCAGUCGUGGCACAAAUGAAAGCCUGGCAUCUCCGCGCAAAGUCAGUGUCGGCUGGAUGUCAGGAGGCCGUCGCCUUGGUUAUGGCUACACAAUGGUACCGGCCGACAAUUCGGCCGAGCAACCGUCUCACGGAAAUCCCACAACCCCCGUAAAGACUGACGGCAAGCAGGGAAGCGACAGAGCAAAUGCCGGUCAUAGCAAGCAAGGCUCGGAGAAGAUGGGCAAAGUUUCAUUGCGGAUAGGAGACUCGACAUACGACAUCUCGAAUAUCAUUCAACGCUUAAAUCCACGCCAUAGGGCGGCGACAUCUGCCGAGAUAACGAAUCGCAGCGACACGGCAAGUUGUGACUCCGUGACCUCUUCAUUGUGGGAAAAACUUGGAUACCGGAAAAGAAGCCACAACGAACUGGAUACAGAUGCCGAAAAGAAGUCUCCAUGGAGCCAUUUCUGUGGAGUAGGCUUAGACCAGACAUCGCGAGAGCCACCAGUUCUGAACAAGGACUCGUCUACUUCGGCCGGGGACGAGGAUAAAGGGCGCUUGGGACUACAUCGGGCAAAAACCAUCUUGGCCAAAGGACGCAGCGUCAGUGCGAUUGCCCGCGACUUGGAGCAUUCCAUCGUUCAGAAUAGAAGGACCCGGGUCAUGAAAUACAAAAUCCGUGACCUGAGGAACAGACGCCGCAAAACCGAUGAUGACGGUCCAAUAUUUCCGGACAACAGAAAGGAUAGCUAUGGGGAUUCGCAGGAUGGAGAGGAGAGAGAGUCGAACCCGGACGUGGUUAGGGUUGGUCAAGACGAAGCUGAAGAGCCCAAGGAACCAAGCUUCGAUUUAGUGUCAGAUGACUGGGUUGACAAGAUCCACGAAUGUCUGGAUAUCCAGCCCAUCCCCGAGUAG